CACAUUCGGAACUUUCCAAAGGACAGCUGAAAACUGUGGACGCGAAAAAUGCUGCAAAUAAUUUAUGGAAAGAGUUGGUAUGUGACCUUAAUGCUGCAGGGCCACCAUCACGCGAUGUCUUAAAAUGGAAAAAGGUUUGGUCGGAUUAUAAAACCCAUUUGAAAGCAAAAAUGCGGCGGAACAAACUAAGCAUCUCUGGAACUGGUGGUGGUCCUUCAAGUCAUUGCUCCUUAACACCGUUGGAGGAGCAGGUUAGUGAGCUUCUGGCAAUGGAAAUAUCCGUCAGUGGAAUAAGUGGCACUUUAGAAUUUGGUGCAGCACAGUUAACGCAACCAAGUGAGUCAGACAUCACAACCGACGAAUUCCGACAGAAUGAACCAACGCCAGUGGAUGAAAUGCCACAUUGUUCACGUCGAAGAGUCGCUCCGCAAAAGAAAGAUAGCCUUUUAAAUAAGCAGGUGGAUAACCUCAUUAACUGCCGGACGUAUCAUUUGGAUGUGAGUACCAUCCACCACUCCAAUUACUCCUGGAAUUCCAGACACUGA